GAAAACCCGUCCUUCCGGGAAAAUGGCGACUCCCGCUCGUGCCCCGGAGACCCCGCCGGCCGCGGAUCCGGCGCCAGCCGCGGGGGCUGCUGAGGAAUCCGAGUGUCCGCCGCCGCGCCAGCCUCAGCCCCCGCAGAAUGUCCUCGCUGGCCCGCGGCUUCGAGCCCCAAGCUCCCGAGGACUUGGGGCGGCGGAGUUUGGCGGAGCUGCGGGAGAUGUUGAAGCGCCAGGAGAGACUUUUGCGCAACGAAAAAUUCAUUUGCAAAUUGCCCGACAAAGGUAAAAAGAUCUUAGACUCUGUUGCCAAACUGAAAGCUGCCAUUGCAGAACGUGAAGAAGUUAGAGGAAAAACUGAACUGUUUCAUCCUGUUAGUUUAGACUGUAAGCUAAGGCAGAAGGCAACUGCAGUUGUUGAUGUGGACACAGAUAAGGCCCCGAAUUGUGACCAGAUACUUGAUACUCCAGUUUGUGGCUGCUCCUCUGGAAGUAACGUCACGUCGUGUGACACAACCUCACAACAACAGCCUACUCCCAAAGGCGAUGAAGAGGCUCCCGAGGUUGAGGACACAGUGAGCAGGUGCCCGGCUCCCAGCCGCAGAGCCCGCGCGCCUUCCUCGUCUGAAGCUGGUGAGCCUCUCCCGCAGCAUCGCGUUUCAGGUCAAGCCGAAGAUCAUUCUAGCAGCUCCGACAACCUGUUUAUUGAUAGGUUACAAAGGGUCACAAUCACGGACCCAGGUGAACAGCAUUCACAAGAGAACAGGAGUGCUGAGAACUUGGCAGGGCUUUCUCGUGGGGCCCAGAAGAAGCCUCAUUACAUGGAAGUGCUGGAAACCCGAGCCAAGAACCCAGUGCCCCCACCACAUAAAUUUAAAACUAAUGUAUUACCUUCACAACGACAUGAUUCAUCUAGUCAUGGGCAGAGAGCAGGGUCUCCCAUUUCCUUGGAAGAAAGGCGGCUCAGGGAUAAGAAGCAUCUUGAUGACAUCACGUCAGCCCGGCUCCUGCCACUUCACCAUUUGCCCACACAGCUGCUCUCCAUAGAAGAAUCUGUGGCCCUUCAGAAACAGCAGAAGCAGACUUACGAGGAGAUGCAAGCCAAGUUCGCGGCACAAAAAUUAGCUGAAAGACUGAAUAUUAAGAUGCAGAGCUAUGAUCCGGAAGGGGAGACACUGAGGAAGUACCGAGAAGUAAGGGAUGAAGAUGAUGAUCAGUCCUCUGGCGAAGAGCUCUGAAGACGGCCAUUGGGAUAAUGCCUGAGCCUCUGCCUGCUGAGGUGUCAGUGAUCACACCAGGCUUCCUAGUGAGUGUCAAGAUUAGUGUCAGACAGUGUUGAGGGAAGGAAUUUUAUAAAGUUACAUGGAAGUAGCUAUAAAAGUAGCCCAGUUUGUCUUUCAGGAGAGGACUAUCAUGUGCUUAAGAAGUUUGAUAUUUGAAUAUUACGUUUAAUCAUAUUGUAUUAAAGUUCUGCAGAAUGUUGCGUGUUGGUCUGAUAUUUUAGUACAUAAGCACGGUUCUAUUUUCCUCUAAGCCAAAUGAAAGCAGGUAACUGCUCUUUUCCUUAUUCUUCCCUUUGUGGAAUAGCAUUUAUUACAUGUCUUUCAGUGAAAUAUUUGGUUGCCCCAGGCAUCCCUAAAAUGAAUUAGGAAGAUAUAGUUCCCUACUUUUUUGAAUAAUGAAGGUUAGCAGCCUAGAGAAUUUUAUGCAUGUUUGCAUGGGGUUAUUGAGGUAUUGGAUGUGAAGUACCUAGGAAGACACUCAGAAAAUUCUUAAAUGUUUGUUUCCUUCUUCUGACUUCCCCUUAGGAACAAUGUUCUCUUUUCCUUCUGAUUGGGAAUAAGGAGUACUUUGGUGGAUGUUGGAGGGUGGAGGAUCUUUUUAGAUGGUCAGAUUUGCUGGAGUAACGCGAGAUACAGGAGAAGUCUCGGGUGACUGGAGGGGAAGGGAGUAGCUGUUGUUAGGCUUGCCCUAACAGUGACCAGGUCAGUUGGUUAAGAACACCAAUCUGUUUUUAAAGCUACAAUUGAAUUGUUAACACACUGCCCCCCCCACCCCUGCAAAGAGGCACAUUAUAUAGGCUACAGAAAUCUCAAUCUCAUAUGUAUACAUGUUUAUGUAAUUUUAAAGGAUUACAUGGUUGUUAUCAGAGAUUUGUUUUAAUAUGUUGGGGCCUUUAAACAGUGUUGAAAGAAUAAAAUAGGAAAUUCACAGUGUUAAUGGUGAUGUUUUACUGGUGCUUAAUUAAAUUUAACUUGCUUUAAAAGAGACUUUCACAUAUGACGUUUUCGUAACAACACACUGAGGUGUGAUAGGAAGGGCUCGGCUCUCUGUCAUGGAUUGCGGUGCCGCUGCUGCUUUCCAUCUCCCUUCUACCGCGUCCCCCUCAGCCGGUGCAGAAAUAUACUGAGCUAACAAAUUUAUUAUUCCUACUUUCAAAAACUAAUAGUAAAUGGAUUUUGCAGAAAAUUAUUCUUUAGAGAAUAAAAUAUUUCUGGAAAGCCAGGUAAAUACAGAAGGGCUCACGUGCAUGUACACAGUCCCCUGCAUUCGUAUCCCCUAAAGAGAGCGUCUGUUAAGGUUUGGGUAUGUUUUAUUUUUACAUACUUUUCUAUGCAUAGCUCUGUGUUUAUCUUUUCAGUAAUGCAAUCAUACUGUAUGUUGUUUCAUAGUCUGCUCUAUGUAUUGUAAACAGUUUCUCAUAUUAGAUAUUUUGCAUUUUAGAUAGCUACAGAAUACUCAAUUUUAUGGGUGUACCAUAGCUUUGAACAUCAACUUGUUGUUUAAGAACUUGAUAGUCAAUUAUAAUGUAACCUGUAAACAACGUGAUCAACAUCUUAAAAGAUAAUCACAUUUGUACAAAAGUGAUUUAUUUCUGGAAGAUACCUUUCUAGAAGUGAAAUUGCUAGAUGGAAGUGUAGGUACGUUUUGAGAAUCUUGAUGUACAUCACUCACCAUAAAGAUUGUGUCCCUUUAUCUUCCUGCUAGCAAACCUCCAGAACCAAAUAUUGCUGUAUCAAGUGUUUGCAAAUAAUUACAGGAAAGGAUUAUUUUGAAAUUUUGUAUUUCUUUGAUUACUUAAUGAAGGGUGAGUGUUUUUGUCAUGUUGACCAUUUAUAUUCAUUGUUUUGAGCAUUGCGUACUCAUAACUGUGAUUUCUUUGAGAAAGUGCCGUUUUUAUUGGUUUAAAAAUUCUUGAUGAAUUAAGAUGUCCACCUUUUGUCAUCUGUUA